CUUUUAACAGGAGGAGACUCACUCAUGGCCUACGAGACAGAGGAUCAGGAGACUCAAUACUGCUUUCCUAACAUCAACUCAUCAUGUGUCAAGGAGAAGCGCUCCAGUCAUGAAUACAAUAUCAUGUAUGUGUUCUUUUCACUGCUGUCAGCAUGGACUGUGUUUCUGAACCUGCUGGUGAUCAUCUCCAUCUCUCACUUCAAGAAGCUUCACACUCCAACCAACAUGAUUAUUCUCUCUCUGGCUGUAACUGAUAUGUUUGUUGGACUUAUUGUGAUACCUGUGAAGGCCAUCAAGUUGAUUGAGAGGUGUUGGUACUUUGGAGACACUUUCUGUGGACUCUUUAUAAUAAUAAUUGGGGUGAUUUUUUCUGCCUCUCUUAGUAAUUUGGUUUUAAUUGCUGUUGAUCGUUAUGUGGCUGUGUGUCACCCUUUGCUGUACCCACAGAAAAUAACCAUGGCUAAAAUGUUAAUGAGCAUCUGUCUGAGCUGGCUUUAUUACUCCGCUUAUAACACUGCCCUUAUAAUUAAUAAUGGAUAUUUUGACACUUCAAACAGAACAGACAUGUGUAAUGGAGAGUGUCCAGUCAUGGUGAGUUUUAGUUGGAUACUAACUGAUUUGUCCAUGUGUUUUAUUUUUCCCUGUCUCAUAAUGAUCACUUUAUAUUCAAGGAUUUUCUUUGCUGUACAUCAGCAAGUGAAGGUUAUAAACUCUUUGAUGAAGCGUGAUAAAUGUGUAAUGAAGGGUUCAGUGAAGAGGAAAUCUGAGAGAAAAGCUGCUCUGACUUUAGGAAUCAUUGUGACCAUUUAUCUGCUUUGCUAUAUCCCUUACUAUAUCUGUUCUCUAGUCAUAAUCUCUUCGACAGCUUUAAAUGUUUUGACAUGGACCAUGUAUGCAAACUCAGGUCUGAAUCCUCUGGUUUAUGCAUUAUUUUACCCCUGGUUUAAAAAGACAGCUAAACUCAUCUUAACUCUAAAAAUAUUUCAGCCAGCAUCCUCUCUGGUCAAUAUUUUCACAGAAAAUGAAUUGUGACUAAUGUUUUAAAGCUGUCUCUCAUAAUGGUAGAUAUUAUUGUGUGUGAUUCUUUUAAUAUCACUUACCAGAACAACUACAAGUGAGCAUAAGAUCACUUUUCAGAAUAAUGAAACAGAAUUGGUAAAGAUAUCAUUAUUUCUUUAGUUUCUAACAUCUACAUUCAUUAUAUUGUGUGUUCAUGUGGGGCAUUGGAGAUGUUGGAGGUAAAUAAUGUUCAUAUAAAAAAGCAAGUCAUUGAUGUUUUAGGAUGUUCAUUUAUUUGUGAUCAAGCCAUUGUGUUAAUUCUUUUUCAAUCAACAGGUCACACAUGAAAGCAGAACUCAUUAAAGCUGUGUUACGGUUCUCAGUCUGUGUGUGUGUAAUAUUUCACACAUUUAAUGAAUGGUUCAGUGGCAAAUCUAGAAUAUCAGCAAUAUCAAUUACACAUGAAUAAAAAAUGUUAUAGUUGGUC